AUGUCUUCGGAUACAAUGUUUAUUAAUAGUGCCAGGUUGCUUCCAACCGACGGCAAACAGAAAGUUAAGCAGUUACAGAAACCGGACAGGAAACGACAGCAACGAGCAGCGGAACAGUUAGUUCAUCAGCAACAGCUUCCUAAUGGAGAAAAGCCUGACUUUGGUCAUGGAGCUAAGCAGUCGAAGAAGAAGGCAUAUAGUAAGAAAAAGCGUCGUGAUAGUGACGCUUCACCUGAUAAUGUUGCCAAUCUUGAGCUGACAGAGGACUUGAAACAAAUGCUAUUGAUAUCUUCCAAGAACAAGGGGGCGGCGGCGGUGGUUGCUACCGCAGCUAUGAAUACCAGUAGUCACAAGAAUUUGGGUAGUGGCGGUGCCGCUGGUGGAGCGGUGAACAAUUUCUCCUCUGCGAAAAAUAAGGGCAAUUUGGGUCUUAACCCAAACGGUGCUUGCCCAGGAUACCUUCCUACGUCCUCGAAAGCGGCUUCUCUAUCGCCACUUCCUGUACAGCCGGGACUUGUUGGAGGGACGGCGAGUGGCCCUCCGCAGCUAGCUCCACAAUUUUCAAUGGUGCUUGCAGGUUAUCAGCCAUAUAUGCAAAGAACUUCUGUUGAUGCCCACAAGGUUGGCAGUAGCAAAGGAAGCAGUAACAGUAGUGUCAGUGGCAACAACAACAACAACCACAAUGAAGACUAUUAUUCCAACUGUGCUAACGGGUUCAUGAUGCACCAGCACCAGCAGCACUUACAACACUGUGUUGGGCUUCCUGCGAUGCCCCUUUAUUCGCAGCCUUUGAUGGUACCUCAGCAGCAUCCAUAUAGCCAUCAGCCUUCGGUUUCUGCAUAUCAGAUGCCAGCUUCAUUUGCCUACCCUGGCCUUCCAAAUAGUGCAGGUACGUCUGCUACAAACUCUUCUGGACUCUCUAAAAGUGCUCCAAGUCUUGAAACAGGCAGCAGGAGAUCACACAGCAGGAAGAGUAGCCAGAGUGGUGGCAGUGGAUAUGCAGGAGCAACGUUUGCCGCUGAUCAGCCGCAUCUCUCCUCCUUACCAAGACCGAGCUUUGUUUAG